CUAUAUUCUUACGAGAUGAGUUCCAAUUGGACCAAACUUAGAGUUCAUAUUGAAGUCGUUUGUCUUUUGAGUACUUUUCUCGUCCAUAGUGGAUAUGAUGUUAUAAUGAUCUCAGACACCGACUCCGUCAAACAUGCCACCACGGCCGUUGGAGAAAAAACCUCCGCCGCAUAUUCCGAUAAAGAUCAACCCUCACCGCCGUCAGCUCCAAUUAUUGUGAUGCCUUCUAGAGAUCACGAUUCUCUCUUCAGUGGUGGCGGCAUCAGCUUACUAUCUGGAAGUCGAAAUGGAAGGAUCAGCUAUGGAUAUUCCAGUUUCAAGGGUAAAAGAUCUUCAAUGGAGGAUUUCUUUGAGACCAAAGUAUCAGAGGUUGAUGGUCAGAUGGUUGGCUUUUUUGGUGUUUUUGAUGGCCAUGGAGGUUCACGAACUGCAGAAUAUCUGAAAAAUAAUUUAUUCAAGAAUUUGUGUAGCCACCCCGACUUUAUCACAGAUACUAAGACAGCCAUUGUUGAAGCAUUUAAACAAACAGACGUUGAUUACCUCAAAGAGGAAAUGGGACACGCUGGGUCCACUGCAUCAACAGCCGUGUUGUUGGGCGACCGAAUUCUUGUUGCAAAUGUUGGUGAUUCCCGAGUAGUUGCAUCGAGAGCUGGUUUAGCUGUUCCUUUAUCUGUUGAUCACAAACCUAAUAGGUCUGAUGAGCGCCAAAGGAUUGAACAGGCUGGGGGAUUCGUAAUAUGGGCAGGAACAUGGAGGGUUGGCGGUAUUCUUGCUGUUUCCCGUGCAUUUGGAGACAAGCUUCUUAGACCAUAUGUUGUUGCUGACCCAGAAAUUCAGGAGGAAGAAAUUGAAGGCGUGGAUUUUAUAAUAAUAGCUAGUGAUGGUCUUUGGGAUGUUAUAUCAAACGAGGAGGCAGUGUCUUUGGUACAAAAUUUCACUGAUGCAGAAGUGGCCUCCAGAGAACUUAUUAAAGAAGCUUAUACCCGAGGAAGCUCGGACAACAUCACUUGUGUUGUUGUUCGAUUUGAUCCACAUCCUAUUGCGACUUCUGGCAACUGAAAUAGAAAUUACAAACGUGUGUGAAGUCUUACCUUAUUUUCAUAUGAAUUACUUCUAUUAAUUUAUUUUAGUUCUGAUAUUAUAGUUUUAUAAGUUGUUUUAGUCUUCUUGAUUACUCCUAUCUGGAAAAAGGAAUACUUGUAGAUAUCAUCUGCAUUUGGUUUUACACAUGAAGGCUCCAUAUCUCGGAUCCAGCUAUUUAUUGUGAUCCUCUGAACAGAUAAAUUACAGGAUUUUUUUUCUUUGA